GCGCGGGGUGCUCGGCGCCGUGAGGGAGCGGGGCCGCCAUGUUGGCCCCGGGGGCGGCGGGACGGGCGCUGAGCCGGGCCCUGAGCCUGAGCCAUGGCCCGGUGAGGGCCGGGACACCGGGAGUGGCGGGGCAACGGGCCCUGAGCCUGAGCCAUGGCCCGGGCUCGGUGGUGGUGGAGCGCGUGUGGCCGGUGCCGCUGGGCCGGGUGGGGGCGGCGCCCCGGCUGCACCCGCGGCGGCACCGGGUGUACCGGCUGCUGCGGGACGGGAAACACCUGCCCCGGGGCAACAUGGAGCUGCUGCUGAGCCGCGCCGUGCAGGACCUGGGCAGCCGUGGGGACGUGGUGAGCGUGAGGAAGAGCCUGGGCAGGAACAAGCUCCUUCCCCAGGGCCUGGCCGUGUACCCCUCCCCGGAGAACCUGCGCAUCUUCCAGCAGGAGAAGGAGCUGGCGCAGCAGGGGAAGCUGGAGGAGCCCCAAACCCAGAGCGGGCAGAAGACCCUGGAAUUCCUGCGGCGCUGCCGGCUCCAGGUGGGGAUGAAGAACAACGUGAGCUGGGAGCUCAACCCCGACAUCGUGGCCCGGCACUUCCUCAAGAACCUCGGGGUGUUCGUGCCCCCCCAUGCCCUGCGGCUGCCACCAGAGCCCAUCACACGCUGGGGACAGUACUGGUGUGACGUCACGGUGAACGGUUUGGACACGGUGCGGGUGCCCAUGGACGUGGUGCAGUUCCUGCACCCCAAAACCAAACGCUUCCGGCACUGGCAGGAGAAGCAGCAGCAGCAGCUGGAGAGCAGCAGGGAGAGACUCCUCUGACCCCCCCCCAGGGAUUUGGGGUCCCCUGAGGUGGAUUUGGGGUCCCCUGGAAGGAUUGGGGGGUCCCCAGAAUGGAUUUGGGGCCGUUCCCCCCCUCUUUGGGAUCCCCUCACCUCUGUGGAACUCCAGACAUCGCCCAAUUCCCAGAGCUGCAGCUCAGGAAUUUUGGAUUCUCCUGAGCCCCCCCAGAUCCCCCUGAACCCCACUCUGCUACAGGGGGGGUCCAUGGGGUGGAUUUGGGGUCCCCGGGGUGGAUUUGGGGUCCCCAGGACAGAUUUGGGGCCAUUCCCUCUGUUUGGGAUCCUCUCUCACCUCUGUGGAACUCUCGGACAUCUCUGGGUUCCCAGAGCAGGAUUUUGGGGUUUUUUUGAGCCCCCCCAAAUCCCCCUGAGCCCCACUCUGGUCCAGGGGGGUCUGCGGGAUGGAUUUGGGGUCCCCAGGGUGGAUUUGGGGUCCCUGGGAUGGAUUUGGGGCCAUUCCCCCCUUUCGGAACCUGUGGAAAAGAGGGUUCAGUGAAAUUUUGGGGGACUCUGGAAUUCCUGUGGGACCCCCGGGACCCUCCCUUGAACCCCAAAAUCUUGGGGGGUCCCCUGAGAUGGAUUUGGGGUCCCUGGGAUGGAUUUGGGGUCCCCGGGAUGGAUUUGGGGGGUUCCCCCUUUGGGGUGCUCCAGGAUCCGGAGCAGGAAUCCCCCCAAAAAAGGGGAUCGGGAUUUUUUGGGCGAUCCCAGGAUUUUUUUGGGGGGUGGUCCCAAACUUUUGUGGGGGUCUCAGGGAUUUUGGGGGGAUCCCGAAGUGUUGGGAGCUGUAGGAUUUGGGAAAGAAAAGGCCAAAGGUUCCUGGGAGAUUUCCCAAAAAAAGGGAAUUUUGGGAUCGGAA